AUGUAUCAUUACUCCAGCCCACCACCCGGGUGGACUGCCUACGACUACACCCAGUCGCCACCCACCUCGCCUUACUACGCUCAAUAUGCCUCGCAAUAUGCCAACACCUACGCUUCACCCCGGGGAACAGGAACAUCGCGACGACACACCCGCAAGGCCAGCUACACGGCCACCAAAGAACCGGGCUGGUACUCGGGAUAUCCGCAAAGCUACUACGAAGCCACGCCCGACUACGGCAUCCCGUCGCGAAAGCACGAUCAUCAACGACCCAUCUUUGUUGAUGUGGGCGGAGAUGCAUUCGAUGUUCAUCUCCCACGCUACGCUUUUCGCGAAGCCCGUCCGCCUCGCUCUGGCCGCCCCCCGGCCUCGACCUUCAAACAUGCUGACCAGACCCGCGAGGGUCCCGCCAAGCAUCGUCGCACCACAUCGGCUUCGCACCGCAAAUCAAACCCAGCCGCUGAUUCUCACUUUUACUUCACCCAGGUUCCUAACAACGAGGAUUACGAAUCAGCGGCCCGUCGCACUCGUCACCGUCGCCAGUCCACUUCAACCCGCACUCCCAACAAGCCCAAGCCUGCGCCCGCCUCUAAGCCGCCACCCGUCGCCACCGAGGAGGAUGCCGAGAACGCAGGCAUCCCACCCGGCUAUUCGAUCAAGAACUGGGACCCCACGGAGGCUCCCAUCAUUCUGCUGGGCAGUGUAUUCGACGCCAACUCCCUCGGCAAGUGGAUCUACGACUGGACGGUCUUUCACCAUGGCGCAUCGACACCCAUGGCUGACGUGGCAGGCGACCUGUGGCUAUUGCUGAUCAAGUUGGCGGGAAAGGUGAAGCGAGCGGACGAGUGUCUCCCGCGCAUCCAGCGUAUCGAGGCGCAGGAGGUCGUCGAGGACUUUUUAGAAAGUGGCGACCGCCUCUGGAACCGAUUCAAGAAGCUGCUCAAGGCAUGUGAGCUAUACAUGUGGAAAGCCGCUAAAAGGGAAAGUGGUGGCAAAGGUGCGCCCGUAUCGAUGGGCCGCAAUUCAGGCUGUGAAUUUGUCGAGUCGAUCUUCGGCCGCGAUCGCGAGCUGGAGAAUACCGAGAAGCUGAUGAAUAGUAUUCGGCUUUGGAACAUGCGAUUCGACGCCAACUGUGAGGAUAUCUUGCGCCGUCCGUCGGCCAAAUAG